UGCGCAGUUCAUUGCGCAAAGGUGACCGACCAAAAAGUUGAAUUAGUUUGGAAAAGUUUUGUUGUGGUUAAUUUUACGUUUUGGGACUGGACAUGGCUUCUUCUGCAGUUUCCCGGUUAGCCAAUGCUCUUAGAAGAUGUACAGUACAACAGCCGCGCAGCAUCCUGUCUCGCCGGAUGCAAUCCACCCAAGCGUCGGUCCAAGUAAACACUCCUGAAACAAGAGUCACCACGCUUGCUAACGGACUGCGUGUAGCUUCUGAGGAUUCUGGUUUGUCCACAUGUACAGUUGGUUUGUGGAUUGAUGCUGGUAGCAGAUAUGAAACCAAUGAUAAUAAUGGAACAGCUCACUUCUUGGAGCACAUGGCUUUUAAGGGCACAGCCAACAGAACUCAGCUCGACCUUGAACUUGAGGUAGAGAACAUGGGAGCUCACUUGAAUGCUUAUACCUCACGGGAACAAACAGUUUAUUACGCUAAAUCUUUUAGCAAAGACUUGCCACAAGCUGUCGAAAUAUUAGCUGACAUCAUACAGAACAGCACGUUGGGUGAAGCGGAGAUUGAACGAGAACGAGGAGUCAUUCUUAGAGAAAUGGAGGAAAUUGAACAAAACCAACAAGAAGUUGUGUUUGAUUACCUUCACUCCACUGCUUACCAAGGAACCUCCCUUGGUCUCACUAUACUUGGACCAUCUGAAAAUAUCAAGAAAAUAAACAGACAGGAUCUUGUUACUUACAUCAAGCAACAUUACAAUCCAUCCCGAAUGGUCCUCGCAGCAGCUGGAGGUGUCAACCACGAUAAACUUGUCAACCUCGCAAAGGAAUUCUUUGGCACAACAGUUUCAUCGGAUAACCAGGAUCCAUCACCUUUGAAACUUCAACCUUGCACCUUUACUGGCAGUGAUCUUCGCCACCGCAACGACCACAUGCCAUACGUCCAUGUUGCCAUGGCAGUUGAAGGUGUAGGAUGGGAACAUCCCGAUACCAUUCCUCUCAUGAUCGCUAACCAGAUAAUUGGAACAUGGGACAGAUCCUCAGCCAAUGGGGCGCAUUUCCCCAACCCGUUGGUGAGAAGAAUGGCACGGGAAGGUCUCUGUGUUAGUUUUCAAUCAUUCAACACAUUGUACACCGAUACUGGACUAUGGGGAAUCUACUUUGUGAGCGACAACGAUAAUAUUUACGAUUGUACAAUUCGUGUACAAGACGAAUGGAUGAGAUUGUGCACAGACCUGACUGAGUUUGAAGUUUCCAGAGCCCAGAACACGUUGCUUACAAACAUGGCUCUCAUGUUGGAUGGAACCACUCCAAUUUGUGAGGAUAUUGGUCGACAGAUGCUUUGCUACGGACGCAGAAUCCCAUGGCCAGAAAUGGCUCGCCGAAUCUCACACGUUAACAUCAGUGAUGUGAAGAAAGUGAUGAAACAGUAUGUGUGGGAUUCGUGUCCUGCUGUUGCAUCUAUUGGACCAACAGAAGCCCUCCCAGAUUACGCCAACAUUCGUGCUAAGAUGUACAAAGUGUUCCACUAAAUAUUUGUUAUUUAUAUGCGUUAUCUGUUUCAGUAAAAACUUUACCAACAAUAAAUUUGGAAAUACUCGUGGCAACACGAUCUGUUCAAAUAAAUAAAUUCUUGGUGCCCGUUUUAGGUUAAUUUCAUUAAAAAGUUCAAAUAAAAGAUCGCUUUGAAACUG